GGAGUCCAGGAAGUUGCGAGGCGAUGCCGCGCCGCGUCUUCCUGGGGGCGCUGCUGGCGUGGCUGCUGGCCAGGUCGGAGGGGACUCGCCUCAACUCCGGCCUGGUGGCCACCAAGAGCAGCGGCGGCCUGGCCCACGUCGGCAACGCCACGACAGCCUCCCGGGGCACGGGCGUGAACGUCGAGGUAGUAGAGAGGCAGUCUAUCUCCAAGACGAUGAAGGACGGCUGCAUGUGCCCCGAGGGCUUCUUCUGGCACUGGCGGAUCGAGCAGUGCGUCCAGCAGGGAGGCUGGGGCUACGAGUGCGGCUUCUUCCCUGCAGAGCACCACCAUCGCGUCUGCCAGGACGGCCUGGCCUGCAAGAAGGUGCACCCGCCGACCGAGGACCUGUACCACUCCUACGGCAAGUUCCUUGGCACCGCGAACUCGCACCCGGCGUCGUGCCAGAAGUGCACCGCCGAGGACCACUGCAAGGUGGGCGCGAAGCGGCACCAGGAGGAGUGCAUCUCGGGCGCCGGCCUCUCGGGCGAGGCGCAGGCGACGGUGAAGGUCACGGUCACCGAGAGCGCCUCGCACACCGCCUCCGCUUCGCACACCGUCGGCGAGCACACGGCGACGGCCGAGCACACCGCCACGGCCGAGGUGGUAGGCACCGCGGAGGGGUCCGGCGUUGCCUCGGUGGACGAGGCGAAGGCCCUCGCCGGCGUCACGGCCGAGGAGCCCUCGGCCACGGAGGCGGCGGCCGUCGUCUCUAAGGGUGACGAGGCAGCGUACGACAAGGCCGUGGCCCAGGCGUCGGCCAAGGCGAGCGAAGAGGGGCUGUUGGGCGCCAAGGAGCUCGCGAGGCAGAUGGCCGAGGAGGAGGCCGCGGAGAAGGCCAGGAUGAAGGCCGAGGCCCUGGCGAGAGAGGCAGAGGCCUGGAGGGAGGAGGCGGGCGACGACAAGGCGGCGCAGGAGGCGGCCGACGCCCGCGCGAGGGAGCUCGCGGAGGCCGAGAAGGCCGCGGCCGCAGAGGCGGCAGAGCACGAGAAGGCAAGGGAGGCUGCGGAGGCCGAGGCCGAGGCCAAGGCCGCCGCAGAGGCAGAGGCCAAGGCCGCCGCGGAGGCGAAGGCCGCCGCAGAGGCGGACGCCAAGGCCGAGGCCGCCGCAGAGGCGGAGGCCAAGGCCAAGGCCGAGGCCGAGGCCAAGGCCAAGGCGGAGGCGGAGGCCAAGGCCGCCGCGGCGGCGGAGGCGAAGGCGAAGGCCGCGGCAGAUGCCGCCGCCGCGGCGGAGGCCGAGGCGGAGGCCAAGGCCGCCGCCGAGGCGACACAGGCGGCGGAGGAGGCGGCCGCGGCCGGCAUGGUGUCCAAGCAGGACUUAGAGCCCAAAGAGCCGGAGAACAACCUCAAGAAGGUCACGGAUGCCGAGUGGGAGGAGACGCAGCCGUGA